CUACUUAGUGCGCGGCAUCAAAUUUGUACGUUACACUAAUAUGGUACACAUGACAGGCUGGCCGAAAGGUUCGGCCGAAAAGUUCCUCCAUUCUACACCCGUUGCUAAAACAAUAACGUUAUAUCCUUUGAAAAGUUACAGUUUUGGCACCAAAGAACCCAAUUAUGAACGAGACCGAAGUGUUCCUGCUCGAUUUCAACGGUUACAGGAGGAUUUUGAGAAGUAUGGUAUGCGUCGAUCAGUUGAAGGAAUCUUACUUGUACAUGAGCACAACCUACCUCAUGUCCUCUUACUUCAACUCGGUACGUUUUUCAAACUCCCUGGAGGUGAACUGCAUCCAGGUGAAGAAGAAAUUGAAGGACUGAAGCGAUUAUUAUCUGAGAUGUUAGGCCGGACAGAUGGUAUCCCAGUUGACUGGAUUCCAGAAGACUGUAUCGGUAAUUGGUGGCGACCGAAUUUUGAACCACCUCGCUAUCCAUAUAUUCCUGCUCAUGUAACUAAACCUAAAGAACAAACACGUUUAUUUCUAAUUCAACUUCCUGAGAAAACAUUGUUUGCUGUACCAUCAAAUUAUAAAUUAGUAGCAGCUCCGUUAUUCGAACUUUUUGACAAUGCUCGAGCCUAUGGUCCAAUUAUUUCUUCCUUACCUCAAGUAUUAAGUCGCUUCAACUUUGCAUACAACGAUUGAGUUCACACGUAAAUGUUUGCAAUAAAUAUCUCUACAACUCUAUAUUCAGUCAACCAAUCAAAUGAUUGAUGUCACCGUCAAUCUAAAACCUUUUUCAUUUUUAAUAUAUUCAUACAAUAUACCACUCGUACAUUAUUACUUUUUUAAAGUCGUAAAGAUAUUGUUUGACGCGUUUUUUCUUACGUUCACUUACAUGUCUUUGUUGUUUGUGUAAAUAUAUUGUCUCGGAUACAAUUGUACAUAUGGCAAAUAAUAUAUCAUCAAUAAUACAUAUUCCGUCAUUAUUAUUUAUUAUUUAAACACACAAACAUUGGUACAAGGAGGCACCAAAUAGAUAUACGCCACAUAAAUCAUUCUGUUUGUGUGAGUGAUAGGAUACUGUCCGGGUGUGCAAACCGAAACACGUGGUUUUCUUAGGGGGGGAUGCUUGGAGCCUUUGACCUAAAGGUCUAAUCCACAAGACAGUAGAGCAACGUCAGGAGGUACAGUCCCAUGGUAGUCGGUGACAAACAAUUGGCUCAUACGCCAUUUGUUCGCUCAGGAUCCUGGACCCCAUGUGCACCAUUGGUUUGGAAUCAGGGUGUUCCAACUCCCCUAGGUGGACUCCGUGUCCACCAACCUAGUUAAAGUGCU